AUGCCUUCGAAGAAACAUACCCAGAGUGUCCUCGAGAAACAAAUCUCAAAGACGAUCGCACUCUAUAUCGAUUCAGCGAUUACCGCUCCGCCAAAGCACCAGCCUUACCACAACGAUGUCCGCGACUUCACCCAUGUUUUCGAGGUAUUUUGGAAAGAGGAUUUCAGUGGCAUCGACCUGGACGCAGUUUAUAAGAGAAAACCCGACGACCCUUCGUGGUUAUCUUACUUUAGCGAUCAUAAAAUAAACGCAGUACGGCUGGUGCUUGCUGUUAGGGACCGUGACAUAAACCUCGUUCUAGUGGAAGGACAGCCUCCACCUGCGCCUGCCGUGGACUCUGUGUCUUUGAAAGACAUCUCAUACGAGACCUUUGCAGGGAUCUUGCGCGGCCUCGUGCGGGCCACUAAAAAACUCGAAGAAACUGAAAUCUCCAUCACUUCGGAAAUCAUUCGAUAUCUGGAAUCCAUGCCGAAUCAAACUUGCGAGGACGAGCUCUCUGAUGGAUUUUAUGAAGAGUUCAAGCUGCUUCGCAGUAAAGUCGAUAUUCAUCAAGCGUAUGCCACUACGCCCGAGGAGCCAGACUGGUUGGCGAGAUACAGCAAUCAGGCUAUCAAUAUAGUCCGAAUUGUGGUUUUGCUACGCGCCUACGACGAGUCUGCAGCUUCCGUACUGGAAAGCUUCGGUGACCAAGAACUUUCACUUGAAUACGUCGUUUUCGAAGACGUGUCGCUGCAAGACUUUCUAGAUGUUUUUCGUCAACUCGUCGGCGCUGAAAGAAGGCUGCGCAGGAAGAGCGAAGCAGAAAACAGCCUUGACAUCAUGGAACCGCCCAGCAGUGACAGUGACACCGCUAGUGAGCACGAAGCAGAUGAGAAAACUAUACAUGCUAAAGACGCCCCUCCUCGUUCCAUCUACGAACUCGAUUUUGUUGGAUCCGAGUCAACGCUUCAUGACGACCAGGAGGAUGUCAUCAAGAUCGAGGAAGUCGAGUUCGAUACGGAGGAGGAAUUUCGACGGCAGCUAGAGCAGUGGGAUGUCCAUGAAGCGCUUGAAGACCUUCCUGAAGACAUCAUUGGGCCAUUGUUGGAAGAUUCCAAGACUCGCAGGAUAACCAUCGCGAUACUUCGAAAAGCUUUAGAUGUCAAAGGUUCCACGAACACAGCUAUAAACAGGAAUCUCAAUAUCAUCUUACAUGAACUGCGCCGAGAGUACCGCAUCGCACACACCCCAUCGUUCUUAUACGGGAUGGAAUACACUUACCAAAGACCCGUCACCCCCUUUAUUUACGGGUACCUGGCCCUCUCAAGUGUUUCUUAUGUCUUGCGCAGCCGUUGCCGCGCGCUCAAAACCCCAACUGCCUCAAAUUUGGUGGCCAACGUGGAUAUAACCAAAGAUGAUCUCACGGCCACUGUCGAAGAGCUCAAGUCGUUCCCCGUGUUCCAAGAAGUCAUGCUCGACAGGGUACGCAUGAUGAACACCCGUGUGGAUAUUUAUCAGGAUGUUAUCAGCCAUUGUAUUGAGAUCGGGUCUGCGUUGCAGACGAUUUGCGUCUUCAAUGGUCCUGCGAACAAACCCCACUUCACUCUGGAUCCCGGAAAAUGCCGAGAUCUUCGGACAGCGAUUGAAGAUUUUACGCAGUUUGAUGACGCUAUGCUUGACAAAAACCAUUUUCAAGAGUUUCCGGGAUGCAUGGUGAAGGUGACAAUUUCUGCCAAUAAGGCCAGCGGUAUCUUGACCCUGUUCAAGAACAUCAUCGACCUGAAGUAUACCCCAGUAUGCAUGCAGAACGAGGACCUCGUCAACGCUGUCGAUGGAGCUACGGUGUUGCAUAGCAGAUGGCACAAGCGCUCAACCAAAUCUGAAAACUCCCUUUAUUUCCCUUUGCAACCCGAAUCUUCCGGGGCUUGA